GCUGCCCGUAAUAAAGAAUAUGGGUUAUUAAUGGAAAAACAUUCUCGUCGUGAAAAGACUAAACAUGAAAAUGAAAAAGACGGUCUUAUCACAUCAGAAAUAAAAAUUUAUGUCGAACAUAUUCGUAAACACAAAGAAAUCUCGAUAUCAUCCACCAUGACGGCUCUAGAUGUUUUAAAUUUCUUUCGCAAUAAUGAUGUAAUAUCGAAUGAUGAUGUUUGGGCUUUAUUUGAAAUAGCAAACGAUUUUCAUAUUGAACGUCCAUUAAGAGAUUGGGAGUGUCUAUCAAAAGUCAUGGGAACCUGGGAAUCUGAGAAAACUAACUUAUUUACUCUUAAAAAAUACUCGCACAGAAGUUCAUUAACAUUACAGGCUAGUGCUUUUGAUAAUGCUGUACCACCAAUGUUUGGUUGGUUACAUCUUGAAAUAAAGAAAAAUAAAUGGAAAAAACGGUAUUGUCAAGUAAAAGAUGGUGCUUUAUAUCAUAGCAAAGAUACAAAGGGAACAAAUGAAGUUCUUCUUUGUUCAAUGAUAUCUUUUGAUGUGUAUACAUGUACACAAUUGAGAAGAAGACAACCAACCAAAUUUGGUUUUGCGUUAAAAUCUCAAGAUAAAAUAUCUUUAUUUGAAAACCCAGAUGAUUAUAUUCAUUUCUUGUGUGCAGAUAAUUCGGAGAAAAAUAAUGAUUGGGUUUUAAGUAUUAGAGCUGCAAAAAAUAAUAUAAUACGUCAGGAGAGACCUGAUCUAUUUGGUGUACCCGAUAAGAUAUCUUCGCAAGCAAGCGUUGAUUCACUGUCAACAACUCCUAGUCCAAUUAUAGCGGAAACGCCAUAUACUCAUCAAUCAGGAUCUAGUCAAUGGGAUAAUUUACGUCGUCAUGUGCGCAGUCCUAAAAAAACACCUCAAGGAUUGGGUGAACACUCUACUAAUGAUUUUACACAAACAAAUUCUCCUGUAAUACCUGGACCAUUUAAAAGUGGUUCUCUAUUGAGUUAUGAUGAGAAAAAUCUACCUAUAAAACCUGUCGAAGUUGAACAGGUUACUUUUGCAAAAGGUUCUCUACUAGCUUCAAAUGAUACAUUAUUUGAACAAGCAAAAGAACGUGAAAGAAUUCGUCGCGCAAAUACUGGGGUCGGUAUUAUUAAAGAUCCAAAUGGAAAUACAUUUGUACAAUUGGAUGAUACAGUAAAAUUCAACAAAGGAUCAUUAUUAAGUAAAAAUUAUAAUGAGACAAAUCAAUCGCCCACCGGAAACUUAAUACAAAUAAAUACAGUUCGAUUCAACGAAGGUUCAUUAUUAGCAAAAAGCAAAGAACAAUCUCCCGUUGAUUUUAGUCCAACGCAUAAAAAUUAUUUCUUACAAGCAGAUGAAGGUGUUCGUUUUAAUGGAGGAUCAUUAUUAGCAAAAGAACAAUCCGAUAGUCAUGAUGGAAUAAAUAGAAAAUUAUCAGGUGGUGUUCCGUUAUUAACGAUUGACACACCAAUAACGAGUUCUCGAAGUGUUUCACCAAAGACAACACCUAUAACUGCAGGUAAAACAUUACUUGAAAUUGAUGCUAAACCUGAUACAAAACAUACAAUUUCUUUAAGAAAUGCGAACAUUCAACCAUUAUUAAGUUUUAUCCCUGGUGAAAAUCAACGUAAUAAUAAUAAUGGAAACAGUUCCACAAAAUUAAGAUUUGAUGAAUCUGAAGAAGAUUCUGAAGAUACUGACUAUAAUAGUAAUGACGAUGAUAC